AUGGCCGGAACACGCUCCUCCAACCGCCUGAACUCCAGCCCGCAGUCUGCUGAGAAGACGAGCAGCGGCACGAAGCGCAAGGCCGAUGAGGCCAGUCCACCAACCAGCCAGAAGGCCAAGCGUGGUCGGCCGUCCAAAGCCUCCAAAGAGCAGAAGACGCUCGAGGAGACGAUGCCGGACGCUGGCGAGGAGCCUGAGUCUGAGGAUGCUAUGAUUAAGGAUGCCGGGGAGGGCGCUGAUGCUGAAGCUGAGGGUGGCGAGGAAGCAAAGGCAACCAACGGUGAAGAGGCUACCGAUAGUGCUGAGGAGAGCAAGACCGAGGAGGUCGCUGAGCCCAAGGCCGAGGCUGAUGAGGGUGCAACCAACGGCGCUGGCGAGAGCAAGGCCGAGAAGACUGAAGACACCUCCUCUGGCGCACCGAACGCAUUCGACAAGGUGAAGGCUGACGACAAGGACGAGGGUGUCACCAGCAAGACGGAGGAGAGCAAGGUUGACGACACCAACAUGGACGUCAGCGCAGAUGCGGUCGAAGAGGACAAGACGCGCGAGCAGGCCCAGCCUUCCAAUGUGCUCGAGAAGGGCAUCAUCUACUUCUUCACUCGGGGCCGGGUCGGCAUCACAGAGCCAGAGAGCGUGCAGGAACUCCAGCGCAGCUUCAUGGUCAUGAGACCACUCCCGGAGGGUGCUAAGAUCACAGACGGCGCGAUCCAGGACGUCGGCAACAACCGCUUGUGCGCUCUACCGAAGAAGGUCUGGCCGAAGUCUGGCAAGGACCGCUUCAUGGUGUUCGUUGACAAGGCGGGUGUGUCUAUGGACCAACUCAAAGAGGAGUUCUUCUCCGGCAGCGAGUACAGCACGAAGACCACCGGAACUCGUCAAACACCUGAAGUGACGCCGAUUGGCGAAGGUGUGUAUGCGCUGGUCUCCACGUCAGGCAGCCCAAGCACCACGCAUCUCGCCUACAACCUCACGAUCCCGACCGAGAUGGGUGAAGUGCAGAAAGAUGUCGGCCUCGCAGCGAAGGGUAGCUUCAUCCUCAGUGCCAAGAACCCAGAGUCUUCCGGUCCCGCCAACGCUCAGCUCCCGCAAGGCCCAGAUUGGCCAAAGGAGUUCGUCGAGGAGUUCGGUGGUCGUGGGUGGAUGCCGGUGCAGCCCAAGUACAUCAACUACGCCAACGCGCAGAUGCUGUUGAUCGGAGAGGACUUUGAGAACAGCGGCAACCUCGAGCCGACCAACAAGGACCAGAAGGACGAUUCGAAGGAGACGCCGCAGGAGGAGCUGGAGAAGCUGGAGCAUGAGGAUGAUUUGCGUGUUCAGCACAUUUCUGGCGACGACACGGUCUUCGCAGAUCUCGGCAUCUCCAGCAAGGAGUACCCGCAGGUCAAGACCACGUGGUAG